UAAUCAAAGGGGCGAUCCACACUGUAGUGCGGUGUGGAAGAAAGUCACAAGGCACUCUCGAGAGCUCGGCAGUCCGGCACGACGCGUUGUCCCGAAUGCACGUCGAACCAUCGAUUUCCGCGUGUCGAGGCCACGUGAUCGGUAAACCAACGGAGCUUCAUACUGGAGAACGGGAGUGGCCAACAUUCCGGAUCAGAAAGAUCAUCGUACGAUUGAAUGAUGACGACGUUGAUGACGAUGAUGAUGACGUUAAUGAUGACAAUACCGAUAAUAAUAAUGAUAACAAUGACAAUGACGAUGACGACGAUUGUAAUGACAACGACAAUGACGAUGACAAUUCGAAUGUAUUAAAUUAAAACGUACGAAAGAAAUGGAAGUUGGUAAGGGCUCGGUUAAAGAGGAUUUUGUUACGGUGGUUAGCGUUGGUAAUCAAUUGGCCAAUGAAAAUUUUGUUACGGUAUUAUCGAUCGGUAAUGGGAAAAGGGAUGAUGAACAUUUAUCAACGUCGACUACAGCAACAACAGCAACAACGCCAUUAUCUCCAACGUCAUCAUCGUCAUCAUUGUCAUCAACAACAAAGACGUCUACGACUACGACUAUUACAACGGCAACAACUACAGCAUCGACUACAGCAACAAAAUUGGUUAAUGGUGUUGCGGAAUGUCAUUUGGAAGAAGAAGUCGAAGUGUACAGGUUACCGGGUGAACGAUUAGGCUUUGGAUUGAAGUUCGAAGGUGGUAAUAAGACUACAGAACGCGUUAGAAGAUUAUUCGUACAGAGUUGUGCCGAACAGAGUCCAGCUAGUAGGGCUAAAUGUUCUUGGGGUAUUUUGGGCGAGGGUGACGAGGUAUUAUCGAUCGACGGUGUACCAGUAACACACAUGACUCGCCUUGAUUGCGUGAGAAGAUUGAAGGAAUCACAAUUAGUGAUCAGAUUGAUGGUUAGGUGUCGUGGUGCACUCAGACCGGAAGUCGUAAGUGCUGAGAGAAAGGCAGCAGCUGCUGCUGCUGCUGCCGCUGCUGCUGCUGCUGCUGCCGCUGCUGCUGCUGCUGCUGUUGCUGCUGCUGUUACGACAGCAACAGGAUUAACAACAACAACAUCAACAACAACAACAACGACAAUAACAACAACAAGUGUUAUCAGUGAUAGAAAGAACAAAAUACCACCGGAAUUACCGUCUUUACCACCACCUGUUCCACCCCCUGUACCACCAAGAAAAUUAAGACAAACACGUGGAUUGGCUGACGGCGAAGCUAAUCCAAGUCCUGUUAAAAAAUCUUUAAAUAAUAUUGGUAUCACAAGCGAUACUAAAAUAAUUAAUGUGAGUUCUAAGGAAUCAUCGUCCAAGGGUUCAACGAAUGAUACAACGUCUAAACGUAUCUCGCCGGAUCCUGUCAAAUCGAAACAGGAACCACCGGAAGCUAUGGUUUAUUUAGACGCCAGAUCCCAAUGUGGUUCUACGCAAGGUAGUACGUCAGAUGACACAGGUAGCUCUAUGUCAACUGUAGUCGAUAGAUUUUCGAGUUCUGAUCGAGUAUCAACGAUUUCGACAACGUCUACGGCUUCGACAGGAUCCGAGCAACAACAGCAACAGCAACAACUACAACAGCAACAGCAACAACAACAACAGAAACAACAAACGAUGAUAUGUUCGUUCGAACAAUUUGAACGUGAAUUAUCAUCCAGCCAUCCACCGGAUUAUUUAUUACGUAGACUUGCAAGUUCGGAAGCGGUUACACACGUUGAAUCACGUGGCGAGGUUGAAAGGAUAACAGCCGUUGUAGCACCGAAUACCGUUUUAAUAGAAGAAACCAUAGCUUUACAACCACCAUUGAGCUUUCAAGAUGCCCCAUUAAGUUACGGACACGAAUCUAUACCAGAUUUGUUUUAUGCGGCUGAUUUGGCGGCUGACUCGACGACACAUUUUCGACCAAUCAAGGACGAUGCCGAUAUGGUCGAACAAGUGGUGAAUGAGGAUAAUGUAGAUCUAGAGGAAGAGAAUGAACAUCAACAACAACAACAACAACAACAACAACAGCAGCAACAACAACAUUUGCCACGUCCAACGCCAAGAGAAAAGAGUCCACCGCCAUUACCAGCGAGAAAUCACGUUAAUAGGAUCAAUGUGACUAAUCAACAACGUUCCAUAACGAUCAAUAACCUUGAACCUAUUAUUGUCAAUCACGUUGAUAAUAACGAUUUAAGAAGAAAUGAUUUACCUGUAUUGCCGCCUAAACCAUUGCCACGUAAGGAUGUCAAAGGUAGAAGAAAGAGACCACCACCUCCGCCACCACCUCUACCACCACCACCACCACCAUCAUCAUCAUCAUCAUCAUCAUCAUCAUCAUUACUAAUACCAAGAAGAGAACUUUCUUCGUCUGUUAUUAACGAGGCUAAGAUACGAGAAUCGAUUGAUUCUAAUACGAUCGAUUCUUCGUCAUACGAAUCCGAUCAACAAUAUAAUUUCGAUGAUCUAAAUGAUCAUUACGAGGGUACUAAUAAAGUUUUAGAGAUUAUUGAGAUUAGAAAGGCAAGAGCAUUAUCACCCAAUAAAGAUAUCGUAAGAACUUAUGAAUCUGUCGUUAAGGUUUUAGAAAAUGAUCGAUUUAAUGAUAACAAUGAUAUUGUUACUUCGAUCAUCGAUAAUCCUACGAAAAAAGAGAUUAAAAAGAUGGAGAAAGAGUUAGUCGAGGAUGACGAUGACGAUGACGAUGACGAUGAUGAUCACGAUGAUGAUCACGAUGAUGAUAAUGAUGAUGAUGAUGAUGAUAAUGACUCCUUCAAGGACGCUGUUUCUUUGAAAAUAAAUGACGCCAUUGUUAUUAACGAUAAUACGAUUUAUCGUGAAAACGAAGACGACGAAACUUAUAGAUCAUUGGAUGAAGUUAACGAUGAUCUAAGAAAGAACAGCGUAGAUCACGUCAUAAAAGACGACGAUGAUCCAGAGAUCGUACAGGACGAUGAGAGUACCGACGAAAGUGACGACGGUGAUUAUUAUUGGCAAUCUAAUCUCGCUACGAUUGGCGAAGAAGAGGAAACCAAUUCUUUGGAAUAUGUUUCUUUAGAGAAAAAGAUAGAAGAUGAGGGCAUAGAGAUCAAGGACAUAAGGAGAUCUAACGAGAUCAAAAUGGACGACCUCGAAAACGAACGAGAUGAAACUAGUCGCCUGAAUAGAAUCGAAGACUAUCACCGGUCGGAGGAUAUUAAAACGUGCAAGGAUUCGGUAAAUGAUAGAAUGGAUAAUUGUGGAGGCGGUCAACGGCUGCCCCCAGAUGGGGACGAGUUUCCUGCAGCAUAUCAAGAAUUUGCUAAUGAUAACGCAACCCAACUCGAAUACAGAUUUCCAACGAAUUCAUCGACAACUACUAUAACGAGCACUACCACGUCCCCGAUGGCAACUACAAUGACGAUGAACAAUAACAACAACAACAACAACAGCAACAACAACAAUAAUAAUAAUAAUAAUAAUAAUAAUAAUAAUAAUAAUAAUAAUAAUAACAACAACAACAACAAUAACACAGAAAACAAUAGUUUUCGUUUGUACGAAAAUGAUAAAAAAUCGUUCGCAGUUAAAGACAAUUUCAAAGUGCUCACGAACGACAGCAACAACGUUGUCGGUUCGAGGAGCGAUAAAAAUAAUUAUUUUGAAUCGGGAUUGGAUGAAAAAUCUGGAAAUAGAAAUUUCUCCAAUCCGAUAGGUCAUAACAGUCAAUCCGAAAUGGUAUCAACGAUUACGAACGGAGAGACAAUAUUGAUUUCGGAAAAGAAAAUUGAAAUAGCUGCGUAUUAUCAUAAAGAUCUACCAACGAUCGAGACGGAGAUAAAAAUUCGUACCGAGGAAAUUUCUAACGAAGUUCCACCACCAUUACCAUUAACAGGUCCACCUAAAUUGGAACAAACGAGUUCACAGGGUAGAAGUAAUAAUAUCAUUGAUCAUCAACAAUCAUCGAAAAAGUUUUCAUUGAACGUUGAUCCAUGGAGACAGGACGACAAAUCUGAACGAUCGGUCAGAGAUAAGAUUGCAAUGUUCUCAUCGCAAAGUAGCUUGGAUGCACCUUUGUUUCCUAACAAUGCGAUAAACAUAUCAAAUGUAACCAGUAAUGUUAGGAAAUUGUCGAAAUAUAAAUCGAGCGAGGACGUAUGUAACGAUGAUAAAACGUCGAAUCAAAAGGAAAGGAUUUCAUUCUUUUCUGAUAGAACUCAAAGUUCCUUCGAUCUUACCGAUUCUUCCAAAUGUUUUUCCCAAGAAAUUGUUACACCCUGUAACAAGAGAUAUCCUGGUAAUAACAAAUUGACGACGACUACGAUGACGGCAGGUACGGGGAUGGGAGUGGCGACUGUAUCACCAUCAUCAUCAUCAUCAUCGUCGUCGUCAUCGUCAUCGUCAUCGUCACCACCACCAGUACCACAAAAACCAACGAUGACGAUGACUACUACAAAUGAUACAAACAAUUAUCUUACAUCGUUAACAACAAAAUCAUAUUCCACCACGUCUGGUACAAUCCCAUCCUCCCCUGAUAAUAAUAUACAAUGUACAACGAAAUUAUAUUCAUCGUUAUUGAACAAUCAAAUAUCCAUUAAUCCAAUUAAAACAACGUCUACGCCAAUUUUAACUCGUGCAACAAGUUUCUCAGGAUCAAGUUCAUUCGCACAAGAACGUACAUCGAUUAACAAUGUUGAUGUUAUUAAUUGUAACAAUCAAGUGUCAAGAACGAAUUCCUUGGCAUCAACUUUUAGAAGGAACAGCGAAGAUAUGAGAAGAACCAGUUUGAAUCAAUUGAUCGAACAGAGAAGACGAUCUAUCUCAAAGUUACGCGGUUUGGUGAUUCCCGAAAAGGAAACUGUAACUAUCGAACAGCCGAUCGUUGAUUUGCCAGAGAUUAAAUCACGUAACUCCAUAUUACUCAGUCAGUUACCUAAAGCAAAUAUACAGGACAAAUGGGGAUCGCAAAGUUCUAUAGCAAGUAAUACAAGUUCAGCGAGUGUCCCGUUAAAGGCUACGACAUCUUUCAAAAUGCCAGCACCUCAGAUAAAUUCAAAAUAUUCGCCAGCUUUUAAAAGGAAAAGCUUAACGGUAUAUGGUUCAUCCGGUAAUACGAUUAAUUCUUCCGCUUAUACGACGAAAAAUUCACAAGGAAAUAAUCCAAUUGUAAAUGCUGGAGGUAAUAAUAAUAUAUCGGAACCUCCUAAAAGUUUAGAAAGUAUUUGUAGCCCGACGAGAAGCGAUUAUAGUUUUGAAUUUCUAUCGGCGAAUAAUUCGCCGGACGUUUUACGUGGCAGAUCGAGAAUAAAUGGACCGAGAAAAACGCGUAAUGAUUAUGACGAUUCCGACAAUGAUUCGGCAGUUAGUAGCUCUCAGAGUAGUAUAUCACGUGGUUUCAGUCCACCAAUGUCACCUGUUCCAUCGGAAAGAUCAACGGUAUCAUCUGAAAGAUCAUACGUUUCAACGGAAUUGAAUUAUCAACGUCGUUCAUUCAUCAUAGAUACCUCGAAUAAAGCUUAUGUUAAGACUGAAAAUGAAACGAUAAAUAAUACGGAACAAUAUAAUGCCAGAGGAAAUAUUCUCAAUAACGAAAGAACAUACGUCUCGUCGGAAAGAUCAUCAUCGUCUAGCAGUAGUAGUACCAGUUCUAAUCCACGUUCACCUCAGCCAAUAGAUAAUACAGCGAGAAAUUCACAAAUUCCUCAAAGGCAAACAUUGAGAAGAUCAAAUAGUACAGAAACGAAUUGUAGUACCUCGUCGACCUUGACAUCGGGUUCACAGGCCAGCGCUGAAUCUUUAUCAAGAAGAGUACUCAAGCCGCAAAGCGUUGAAGCGAUAAAUAGAAAAAAUAUAUUGGCAAGUGCAAGAUGUAGAAGUGGUAGAGACUUGAAUGGUUCACCAUUAAUCCAAAGAAAAUUUACCGACGAAGAGGAAACAAAUCCUGAAAAUAGUGGAACCAUCAGAAGGAAAAAUAAUCCUAACAAUGGUGUCCAAGUUAAACAGGAUAUUAAAAUAGCUUAUAUUGAAGUUACCGAUUCUUUCUUAGAGGAUGAUGAUCAAUUACAGAAAAAAAUCGAAGAACCUAAAUUGCCACCUAAAAGAACCAUCAUUACACCGGCCGUGAGACCACCAAAAUCAGAAAUGUUGGAACCUUCUAACGAUUUGAAGAAAUGGGUUAGAGCAGAGGCAAAAGCUUUGGCUAGAUCGGCGGCAGAAGAGAAGUUAGUUAAUACGAUGGAAAAGGUCAAUCCGGUGACCUUGAAAAGUCAAACUGUAUCACGUGGUACAACGAACGAAUACAAUUCCAAUGAUAUAGCCUUGAAAAAUAGACCUGUUCAAAAGGAAACCGAAGAAAUUUCACAAGAAACUAUGAAACAGAGGUGUAAAGUUGUUUCACCAAUAAAAAAGACGCAGGAUGAUCAAAAUGAUCUAUUGACUAUUCUAACAACUAGAAGUAGAUCAAGAUCGGCUAUACAUGUCGACGAUGUUAGUUUUGGUAGAUCAAAAAGUCAAAUGAGCUUAGAGGACAUAUUAAGUGCAAAGGUAGAAAGUCCAUCUCCAAAAUUGUUAAGAACGCAAAGUAUCGAAGGUAGAACAGAAAAUGGAAGUGGUCUGUCGUCGCAAAGACCUUUUUCAGAAUCAAGAGACAUUAAUCGUUUUAACAAAAAGACAUCAACGAAUACUAAUGAUACCUGGCGAGAGGAUAAAACGUUCAUCUCAAAGAUUCCAACGUUAGGUAGAUCAAGGAUCUUUGAUAACAAUGACGAUACAGAAAUAACAGAAAAAUUAAAGAGCAAUACGUCAAAGAUACCAACUGCUAGAAGUUUAGGUAGACGUAGCGUCAGUGUGACAGACAUGAAAAAGGCCUUGGAUAAAAUUGAUGCUACAACAAAUGGUCAAAAUCAACAACAGGUAACACCAGUUUCGUCUCACAAUCGAUUUCCAAGUUUGGACAGUAGCAUUGAUGAGAAUGUAUCAUCGAUCGGAACGGAAACGGACACUGAAAGAUUUUGUAGCGAACAAUUUGGUAGUAUAAGUUCAUUGGCUAGCAGUACAAGUUUAAUUUCACAACAGGAAUUAGCUCAGCUCGUAGAAGAAGCUAGCUUAGAGGAAGCUCGUUGUGCUCAUGACGUUAUAGUAGUCUUAUUACAUAAAGAAAAUCCAACAGGAAGUGUUGGAAUAACUUUGGCCGGUGGUGCCGAUUGCGAAGUCAAAGAGAUCACUGUUCAUCGUGUCUUAGCUCAUUCUAUUGCCGAUAAGGAUGGUCGUGUUCAAAGAGGAGACAGAAUACUUAGUAUUAAUGGUAGAAGUACACGUGGUCUUACGCAUAGGGAGAGCCUAACUGUUUUAAAACAACCUAGAUCAGAAGUUGUUUUGGUUGUAUCAAGAGCAAGAAUCGAUGAAGGUUGUAAAUUGAGAUCAAGGACUGCCAGUGUCGAAACCAUUGUUGAAGGAUUCGAAAUAAAUGCUGUAGAAGAUACUGCUUGGGGUCCACCAUCAAUGGUCGCAGUUUACAAAGAUGGAGCUGGUCUUGGAUUCAGUUUAGAAGGAGGACGUGAUAGUCCUCUUGGAGACAGACCAUUGGUAAUAAAGAAAAUAUUUACUGGAGGUGCUGCUGAAAAGACAGGUGCCUUAAAGGCAGGGGACCAAUUACUAGAAGUAAACGGUAGUGAUGUUACAAGAAUGUCGAGGAUAGAAGCUUGGUCUCUGAUGAAAAAAUUACACGACGGCGAAGUGAACCUCCUAGUCAGGCACCCUGCCACCAAGUCCUCGUGAACUAUAGUAAAUAAUAAUUGACUUUCCUUUUCUGUUUUUACAUCAUGAAAUUCAGUUUUCAAGAAAUUGUCUAUCUCUCAGAUCAGAUUUAUAUCUCGAUUAUUGAGACGAAAAAAAUCUAUACACACGAAUGAAAAAGAAAAACUAUAUACAUAUACAUAUACAUAUACAUAUAUAUAUAUAUAUAUAUGUAUAUAUAUAUAUAACCUAUUUUGUUUUUAUUUUUGAGGUUAUACCAUAUACGAGAAAGUACAAUAUUAGCUGAAAUAAUCAAGAAAAGAAAAGAAAAGAAAAGAAAUUAGAAAAUGCAUUUACAUACUUGAAUUUUCGAUAACAUAACCUUAAAAAAAUUAGUACUGACUCAGUGCAAUAAUACUAUCGAUCGUUUAAAUAGUUCGUAUAGUUCAAUCCUAAAUCCUCGCUAAUUAAGUCAUAUUUACCGUCGUAGUUAAACAAUUUAACUGCGUAACGCGUAAA